AUGGAGCCCCAACCUCCCCAAGGCCCCUCUCAAGACGACGACGACCCUUCUCAACCCCCAGCCUCGCCCUACACAGCCUCCCGCGCCCUCCUCCGUGACCUAACCCUCCCCCCCGUCCCGAACCUCGACAUCCCUCCCUCGCCUCCCGGCUCCCCGCCCCCGGCCCUUGAGGCCAAAUUCACCCAGUUCCUCGACCUCAAGAAGAAGGGCAUUCACUUCAACGCCAAGCUCGCGCAGUCCGCCGCCCUCCGCAACCCGAGCUUGACGGACAAGCUCAUGGGCUUCGUCGAUCUCGACGGCCGCGCGGGGUACGCCACGACGCUGCCCCCCGAUCUGUGGGACCCGAUGUCCGAGGAGGUGCUGCCCGAGUGGGCUACGAGGGCCGCGUUGAGGCAGAGCCAGGAGAGGGUGCGCGCCGAGCGGGCGGGGUUGAGGAAGGGCGGAGGGCCCGUGGAGUUUGUGCCGGCGGCGACUGCCGGAGGCGCUGAUGUCAGCUCUCCUGCUGCCGCUGAGCAGGGUGGUCUCCUGCGCGCGGGGAAGCGGAAGGCGGGUGCGUUGUGA